CUACACAACCAAUAAGGGGAUCAGCCCGCUCGACGACAGUGUGGGUUCUAAAAUCGGCAUUUCAGGCAGGAGUGGCAGGUGAUCAUUGUGUUACUUAAGCACUUAUUUGGAAAUUCUUUAACAAAUUACUUAAUGCAUUGCACUUUUAUUAUUCCGUUUUAAAAAAAUAGAAUUAUGCUUUAACAGGAGGCUCGUAAUAAAACAAGCUCGUCACUUUCGUCCGUAAAUCAAGUGACCUGCAGUCAAUGAAAUAGUCCGAAAAUUUCUGUUAGUCCGUUAAAAGCUUAGUAACGUCAUACUUUUGCGGGUGUUUUUCUAUGGCGGGUGGACAGAUGAAAUUAUAACCUCCAAUUGUCUUUUAGGUUUUCGGUGUCAAAUCAGUUUGUAUUAGAAGUUGUUAAAAUAUUAUAGUUUAGCUACUUCCGAAAUUUUUUAACUUGCGUUUAAACACAUUUUAAAAGUUUUUUUUAAAUGUGAAAAUAAGUACCCGAGUGAAGAAUAUUUGUUUUACUUAAGUGAAUUUUCCCCCAAAAUCAUUUCUCAGCAGUUUUCAGCACUGAAAUAGAAAAAUACUAGACCAAGCUGAGCGGUGUUUCGUAAAUCUGGGUGUUUACUUGAGUGUAUUAAAUUAAUUAUCAAGCCCCGUCUACAACAUUUUGCAAGUGCUAACAUUAUUACAAUUUUUAGUGAUAUUCGAGUAAUUCUGUAAACAGCCUUGUUUGAGUCGUUAGUUUAUGUUCGCUAUUUUAAGAAUGACUCAGUCCCUCUUGUAACUAAUUACUGUAUAUAAUGUUAUGUCACUAGAUUUUUACGCAACGUUAUUAUGAGGUAAAUAAUAUAUUUUUUAAUAAAUUUAAUUGCACGUUUCAUUAAUUUUUUUGGUUAAAGGGUCCGAUAUGAAGCUAUUGGGUUAACCCUAACACUGUUUCAUGUAGGUAGCUAUUACGCAUUGUGGGACUCAUCAUUUAGUUUUCUUACAUUUACUUUCAUAUUGCCAAAUUAUUUAAAUUAUACUAAUAGUAAUAUGGUUGUGUUUAUAAUCAUUAGACUUUUAUAUUUAAAGCCUUUUGUCUUAAGAAAUUUAAAAACUGAGGACAUUCCACAGCAGAAUAGAUUUCAUUUCAAUUUUUUUGCACAGUACCUUAACUUCCUGAUGCCAUCACACAUAGUUCAAAGAAAAAUUUGUUCUUCACAUAAAAAUUUAAAAAAAUGGUCUGGUUCUAUUAUUAAAGACCUUAUAUGGAUAAAAGAACAACCGCUAGUACUGAACAUAAGAAGAAAAAAAAAGUAUCUACACUAUUCACAAUUUAUAAUAAUUAAAUUAAUAAUUACACCCAGAGUAAAAAUCACUUAAAAUAUUAUUUUCAAAUAAAAAAUUUUAAAAUUGUAAUAUUAAAGUGUCAUAGGGUUUUUUUUUCGUAUGGACGAAAAAGGAGUAAUUUGGGCGCCACCACGUGGAAGGGCACGUGGACCCGGCUACGAACUCUCGGCUCAGGGUCGUGACGUGACCCGUGUGGGGCUAGGCUAAUUUCCUCCUCUCGUGCGUCGUGUUCGUGGGCUCUUGAGGCGUCCCACACGCCUCGGAACUCAGGGAAUUAUACACGUGACCACUGAACCACACAUUCUGAGUUAGUAACUUUAUUACCAGCGAUUUUAUUACAUGGCACGUUACAAAAAUGUUAAAAGAGUUUUACAUAAAGUACUAAAAAAACACCGUUGCGGGUGCUAACCAGUUUAUAUGCUGACCAGGUCACCGCGUGGCCUGGCCUCGAGAGUCAAUCACGUAUUACGCGUACGAAAUAUCCUUAAACGGAAAACAAAUAUUUAUGCGAAAGAGUCUACCACCUGGAGCAGGCCUCUAAGAAAUUAAAAGGUUUCAGAUUUAUUUAAAGAUGCGACGGAAACUAAUGGAUCAGUAAACAAAAGAGAUGAAGUCGACGAAGUGCGCGGGCUGCUCCUACUCCAGGCGGCGAACGGAAACAGACUGACGAGACCAGGGCAUCAUGGCCUCCGGGAAGUGUUAAGUUCCUGUUAUGUUACCAGGUAGCCAUCCGGUAACAUACUUAAUCAAACAAAUAUUAUUUAAAAAACAAAAUUUAAGUACACUUAUUUAUAAUUAACAACUUUUAGUUAUGGUGUUAUUCCUUAUUAAAGUUUAAAAACUAUUGGCGGUUAGUUCUGCGGAUGCCCGCAUGGGGCGCUGUGCCGUCCUUACUAAAACUUGAGGCGUGACAAUUAGGGAUAUUUUAUUACAUAAAAAGGUUUAUACAUUAUGUUUAUUUUGAUAAAAGAAAGGGGUCGUCGCACAGACUCUAACACCGCCUCUUGCCGGGCGCCCAACACACACACACACACACACGCACGGGGCGGGAGGUUUGAAUAGAGGGUGGUGGUGGGAGGAGAGGGGUGGCGACGGCGUGAGGCACAUCGGGCUUAGGGAGGGCGUAGCCCCGGUCGACGUCAAAAGUUUAAUUUCAAUAUCCCACCAUUCAUGAAGCUGUAGUACCUAGCUCUAAAUGCCAAAUAGAGCAACACUAUUGCUUGUGACCUAGCUCAAUUGCUGGAGACAGUGAUGUCAACAGUAAUAUUUAUUUGGGAGAAUUUCUUUUACCUAUGUUGGAGCAUUGGAGAGCCCAAAAAAAAUAAGCACUCACAGAGUAACAAUGCCGUUACCUUUCUAGUGUACAGUUAUUUACUCUACGUUGUAAAUCACUCGGCAGCUGAUGGAUGGCCGUUACAGGCUAUUGUUACUCAGGCUUUAAGCAAAAAAUGAGUUAGUCAUUCUUCACUAAUAUUUGAAGAAGAAUAGGGCAUGAUAUGUUUUUUUUAUAUUCCCAUUAUGUGUUCAUUAUUUUUCUUUGUAUCAAUUUUUUUUAUGAACUUAAAAUCAUUGGACUAAUAAUGUGGAUGGUUUCUGUAAGACUUAUAAACAUGCACAUUUUAAUAGUAUAUUUUUUCUGUACACCAAGUUAAGUGACAAUUUCAAUGCUGUUCUGUUGCUCCUGAAAAUCCAAUGUCUAUACUGAUUGAAUCCCACCCUAAAGUAAAAAGGCCAUGCUUGUCUACCUGUACUAUUAAAUUUGACGUUGUACCGCCUGCACCCCUCAAGUCCUUUUCCCCCGCUGGCGUAAUGCAUCCUCCAACCAGACCGCAUGAGUCAGAGAAGCCAUUGUUAAUAAGGGCAGUGUGUGUGUCUGUGUUUGCCCAUAAUUAUUCUUUUAAGUUAAUCCAUACUGUUAAUUGUGUUUUCCUAAAGUCAAAGGGACAUGUGAAGUGUUAGGUCAUUUAAGUUUCACAUGGUUAGUUUUAGUUCUUUUUUAUGAGGUUUGGUAGGACAUGGCUACGUAACCCCCUCUUCUUGCCUCUGCCACCUUGCGGCAGUCUUCAGUCUUGAACCGGCCACGGUCCGGGGCUGAUGCAUCGUCCCGCUGGGGCCAUCACAGUUAUUCUUAUUGGCUACAGUAUUCUGGUAACUAUAAGUUUUCAUCCUAAGCCUUCUUGCAUUUCCCGUCCACGUGUCCCGGGUCCAUUUGUGGUGCAUGGCUUAAUCCGGCCAUCAUUAACUGCACCCGCUGCGUAAAUACCCGUGCAGACUGUUGUCAUCUCAAGUAAACGUUUAGUGCAACAUGAGUAUUUUCACUCAAUAACAUCAUUAAUGUAUAAUUCCCUUUCUUGUCGUGUGUAUUUUUACUUCGCCAGUCACAAACUUUACAGUGUACCGCAAGUGCAUAAAGUGAACUGUAACUUGUUCAAUUUGUAUGUUGUUUCAUAUUGUCUUCAUGGAAAGUAUUCUGCACAGUGUACCGCUGCCAGCACAAACAGCAAUAAAGCCAUGUUUUUCCCAGUCUGCUCAUUUAGUGAAGUUUUUCAGCUUCACCUCAGCCACCGAGCCUAGUGGGGCACGCUGGGGCCGACGACUCACGUAACAUCAUCGGUUAGCGGCAAGAGCCAGCCUGGUGCCCUCCCGGAACAAUGUUUAAAUUCAUUCUCGCCAACUCACAUUAGGCUCACCCUGGGUCUCAAAUACACAGACCACGGGUGAUGGCAAAUUAUGUAAACGAAAAACACAUUUUAGUCACAGAAGUAAUAUAGUCAUAAAUAUUUUUUUAAAAUGUAAUUAUGGGUAUUAAAUAAGUUAAUUUUUUUUUUAGCUCUGAUAUAACCAACAUGAUUAUAUUUUUAUUUUAACAUAGUAACAUGACAGUUCUUAGAAAUAACUAUACAAGCUUGGAAUUUUGUUUGCCAUGACAUUGGCCACUGUGAAAAAGAGUACACACUUCAAAAGUUAAAGUCACCACUAGAAUUUUUGUGUCUCCUUGAACAAAAACAAAAUUUUAAGUCAGAAAUUUAAAAAAAAAAAAUAUUUUAUUAAAGACGUGUAGUUAUUGACUAAACAUUUAUCCCAGAGAAGAUCUUGCAGAGUUAAAGCUGUGAUGUUGCUAGUGAAGAAAGUCUAGUGAAGCUAAUUGGCAGUGAUGAAAACAAUUGUGAUACUCGUUAAAAUGAGUCCAAUGAUUUCAUACUUACCCUGAGCCAAUAGCUUAAUAUAUUUAACCUGCCGGCUUAAUUUUGACCUAUGGAGUGCUGUGCUUUGAAGCUAAAAUGGAGUAGAUUUUCUGAAUUUCUUUUUGUGCUACAGAUAUAUAUAUUUUUUUGGCCUUUAUGGAAAAUGACGAUGCAAGUAAAAUGUGUUAAUCACAGGAAUUCGUAAAUCCCAGAUCGAUGAGCACGAUGGCCGUUCCAAGUACAUCUGCUGGGACUGCUGCAUGCACGUUCAGCUGCUGAGCGCCUUCGUGCAGAAGUGCGUGCGGACCAACGAGACGCUGAAGGGAGCGGCCGGGAGCUCCCACUCACAGCCGUCCCAGUCGAGCGACACUGCAGCGAGCGUCAGCAACUGCGCGGAGCAGCUGCCCGACUGGCUGUCUCUGAGCUUCGACAGCGAGGCUGCAAGCGCUGACUCCGCCUCGCCAGCUGCCUCCGAAAAUUGCACUGCUAAGUCUAAGAAGGAGCAAUUAAAGUUCUCGGCCCACAAGGAGAAACCUUACAAAAAGAAGAAAAUCUCAUCUGACAAUAAAGAAAACAGGUCCCCGGGCCUGCUGUCCCGGAAGGUCGGCCGGCUGUCGAGGAGUGACGCUCCCGGCCACUACAACCUCAGGAACCAGAGAGCUCCGCAGCACGCCACCGCCCCCAGGGCCCCGCGCCCCAAGAAGAUUUCUCGUCGCGCCAGGACCAGGCAGGGUCCUUCCCGGCGGGACGGGUCCCCGCAGCCUCUGCUCAUCUUCAGCCGGAACGCUGCUCGCGCCGGAGACGAAGCGGACGGUCGCAGCGACAAGUCAGUUUCGGAAUGCAACUUUGCGCUGGACGCGGGCGACUCGCCGGCCCCCGGGAGAGGCGGCGGGGCGGCACUCGGCGGGCGGAAGUGGUGCGACGGCAGCGUGCCCAGGAGUCCUCGCGAGCCCCGCGGCGCCGACGCCGACCUUAAGUCCUUGCUCGACGAACAACCGCAAACACGCGCAAGGGCAGGUGAGCACAGCAGCAAUGCCAGAACCACACCCAGCAGCGAACACUUCCCUGGCGGGGUGAACUUCCUGGGGGUCCAGUCGGAGUACCCUCGCGACGAAGACCUCUCGGCCCAGUUCGCCCGACGACACCUGUCGUUUGUCUGCUAGCAGGCGUGACUGUACGUGCCUCCACAAGCCCUAGUGCGUCACCUCUGCUACUUCUUGCUGUCUGUUCAAAAAUAGUCACGCCUCUGUAUAGAAUGUCAUAAUUUUAAGAUAUUUAUGGAAACGCUUUGUUACUGAGAAGACGAGAAUCGGAUAUUAAGACUGUCAUUACACAUCCCAGCUUCUUUUAUUUAACUAAGAAUGUUCACCGGAGGUACUUAAAGUGUUCAUCACCGCAUUCACAACACAUUUAAGCCCUUUUAUUCCACGUCUGUAUCAUUUUUUUUUUUAAUGUCGCAAGUGAUGAGGUUUUUGCAACUACAUUUUGUAUUCCUAGUUUUUUUUUUUGUUCAUUGCAGUGAAUGCUGUGACUUAAAGGUUCCCUGUUUACAGGCAAUAAAAUAGUGAAGAAAUUAUUUCUUACUAGGUUGUUACAGUUGUGGAUUGCACUAAGUAUUGUCGUAUUUGACACACUAAAGUUGAUCCAUCUCCUCCCAGUUUUGAUGUUAUGUAAUUUAGACAGAGUAAGAACAUGAAAAAGAAUGUAUUUAUGUGAGUAGUCCUUAUGCAAAACUGUGCUGUCUUUUGGUAACAAAGUGGUUCUUGAAAUAGUUAUGAGCUUGUCAUGUGUGUUUAACUAAGAAAAUGUGUGUGUGUUUUUUUACAUAUUUAAACUGUAAAUGCAAUUAGAAGUCUACAAAAUUUUGUGAAUUUUGUUUACUAUCCACUUAUUUCAAACAGUGAAAUACAUUUAUUUUUACUGCUGAGCAA